AUGAGCAAUGCGGCGGUAAUGAAGGAUGAGCAGGGCCGCCCCUUCAUCGUUGUCCGAGAUCAGGGCAAGAAGAAGCGUCAGUACGGCAACGAGGCCGUCAAGAACCACAUCCUCGCCGCUCGGACGGUCGCCGACAUCGUCAAGAGCUCCCUCGGCCCCCGCGGCCUCGACAAGAUCCUCAUCUCCCCUGACGGCGACAUUACAGUCACGAACGAUGGUGCGACGAUCCUGCAACAGAUGGAAAUCUCCAACCACGUCGCCAAGCUUUUGGUCGAGCUUUCCAAGUCACAAGACGACGAGAUUGGUGACGGAACGACCGGCGUCGUCGUCUUGGCCGGUGCCCUGCUCGAGCAGGCUGCCGAGUUGAUCGACAAGGGCAUCCACCCUAUCCGCAUUGCCGACGGCUACGACCAGGCCUGCGACAUUGCCGUCGCCGAGCUCGACAACAUUUCCGACACGAUCGAGUUCAGCAAGGAGGACACAGAGAACCUGGUCAAGGUGGCGCGCACAAGUCUGGGCAGCAAGAUUGUGUCCAAGUCGCACGACCAGUUUGCCAACAUUGCCGUCGACGCCGUGCUGUCCGUUGCGGAUCUCGAGCGCAAGGACGUCGACUUUGAGCUGAUCAAGGUCGACGGCAAGGUCGGCGGCGCGCUCGAGGAUUCUGUCCUCGUCAAGGGCGUCAUCAUCGACAAGGAUUUCUCCCACCCCCAGAUGCCUUCCGAGGUCAAGGACGCCAAGAUCGCCAUCCUGACCUGCGCCUUUGAGCCGCCCAAGCCCAAGACCAAGCACAAGCUCGACAUUACGUCCGUCGAGGAGUUCAAGAAGCUGCAAAACUACGAGCGCGAGAAGUUCAUCGAGAUGAUCCAGCAGAUCAAGGACACAGGCGCCAACCUGGCCAUCUGUCAGUGGGGCUUUGACGACGAGGCGAACCACCUCCUGCUCCAGAACAAGCUGCCCGCCGUGCGGUGGGUCGGCGGACCCGAGAUUGAGCUGGUGGCGAUUGCGACGAACGGCCGGAUAGUGCCUCGGUUCGAGGACCUGAAGGCGGAGAAGCUGGGACGUGCCGGCAUUGUCAGAGAAAUGUCGUUCGGCACGACGAGGGAAAAGAUGCUCGUCAUUGAGGAGUGCGCCAACACACGAGCGGUGACGGUCUUUGUCAGGGGCAGCAACAAGAUGAUCAUCGACGAGGCCAAGCGGUCACUACACGACGCCCUCUGCGUCGUCCGCAACCUGGUGCGCGACAACCGCGUCGUCUACGGCGGUGGCGCGGCCGAGAUUGCCUGCUCAUUGGCGGUCGAGGACGCGGCGGUCAAGACGCCCGGUCUGGAGCAGUACGCCAUGCGCGCCUUCUCUGAGGCCCUUGACGCCGUGCCGAUGGCGCUGGCGCAGAACUCUGGUCUCAACCCCAUCUCGACGCUGGCCGAGAUCAAGAGCCAGCAGGCCAAGGCCGGCCCCAGCGACCGCGGCAAGCUCGGGGUUGACUGCAUGGGUCGCGGCAACAACAACAUGAAGGACGCCUUCGUCAUCGACCCCCUGAUCGGCAAGAAGCAGCAGCUCCAGCUGGCGACACAGCUGUGCCGCAUGGUGCUCAAGGUCAACAACGUCAUUGUGUCUGGGUCUGGCGAGGAGGACUUCUAA